GUUCCUUUAAAUACUCGCUCGAAUAAUCAGUACUGCUCAAAAAUCCCGCUUCCCAAAACUCCCAAAAUUGUGAUCAGAGAAAUUCCAUUUCCAAAACUCCCAAAGUUCUUCAACUGGCUAUGGAAGAAACUGAAAAUGUGGAAGAUACUGAAGUAUCAGAAACUGCUACUCAAUGCCGGUCGACUCUGUCUCUAAACUCAGAGAUCGAAGAUGCUGAAGCAGAAACUAAUAAACGCAAGCCGACGCAAGUGAUCGGAGAAACUACUAAACGCAGGCGGACGCCGUUGAAUCCGGGGUUCGGCGAAGAUGCGGAAGCAUCAGAGACUUCUAAACUUUUGUCAAAGCCAGUGGAUGGAGAUGCUUCUAAGCCAGUGGAUAGAGAUGCCUACGGCAAGAUACCACUGGCAUUUGCCUCUCCGGAAAUAUACCAAGCUGUGGCAGAAUCUGCACCGCCAGAUGUUCGAGCAAAAUCCGAAAAAGAAAUGGCCGCUUAUGUGAAUGAAAUAAUCAUGCGAUAUGCUCCUAGUCAGAAAGAGAUGGAACUGCGAGAAUACAGGGACAAAAUCAUAUCAGAAUAUCCGCGGUUACACGAGAAAUUAUAUGCUAUUCAUCCCACAGAAAUUUUUGUCCCUUCCUUUAUCAAGGCAAUCAAUGAGAAAACAGAGGAUAGUAUCAAGAAUAUCAUUUCUAAGCCCUUUCCGGGUAUUUUAACCUUCGAAAUCUUUUAACCAGAGUAUUGUGAGAUGUUGGUGGCUGAGGUAAACCAUUUUCAAACCUGGAUCCACAAAGCAGACAUCCGAACUGAGCAUCGGAACAAUAUGAACAACAUGACAUAUCUUGAUGAUUUAGGAAUGGGAUGUAUGCUUCAAAAUCUCAUGGACAGUUUUAUAAGUCCAAUUUCCAAAGUUUUUUUCACUCAGGUUGGGGGAUCUACCCUUGAUGAACAUGAGUGCGUUGUUGAGUGUCAUACCGAUGGCGAAAAUGAAUUAGCUGUUCAAGUUGAUGACGCGGAACUUACCUUAAAUGUGUGCUUGGGUCAGCGAUUCUCUGGGGGAGAAUUGUGCUUCCAGGGUGUAUAUUGUGAGAAACAUGUGGACACUCCGACACGACCUGAGGAGGCUUUUGAAUAUUCACACAUUGUGGGGCAGGCAAUUCUCUAUCAGGGUCGCAAUAGGCAUGUUUCUAGGGUGACUACAGCUGGGAAAAGAUUCAAUUUGGUGUUAGGCUGCAAAAG